AUUGCCGCUGCUCUCGUUCGCAAUGAAAUCAGAGUGUUUAGUGACUCUCCUGUUGAUUUUUCUUCUAGAAGAACAUCGUUUUGUCUGUGCAAAGUCAAUGAAAGAUGCACCGCAAGAUCCAAUCAAUCACAAUGCGGAAUCCGAGUGCAACGAAUAUUGUUUUCUGAUUUUUAAGCCUGUUCUCGACCAUUUCGUACAGCUAAAAACAGCAGGCGAUGCCAACAAUGAAAUGAGAGAGACUGUAAAGGACUUGCAGAGUCAGUUAAGGAAUGGAGAAUCUCAAGUCAAAAUAAAGGAAGAGCUUAUAAAAGUAAAAGAUGAACAAAUCGCGGACCUUCGGAAUCACAUUAAGUCGCUUGAGACAACACUAUCAGAAAGAUCUAAUCAGCUUUCGGAAUGCCGUGAAACUGAGGCCAAUUUCCCGGACUCAUGUCCCAGUGGCAGUCCCAACGGGAUUUACCAAAUUAAACCUCGGGGUAUGGAGCCAUUUAAGGUGCCUUGUGUAUCCUCUCCAUCUGGUUGGUCGGUAAUCCUGAGACGUUUCGACGGAUCCGAGAACUUCGAUAGAAACUGGACUGAUUAUAAAAAUGGAUUUGGAAAUGUUCGGUUAGAAUUUUUCAUAGGGCUGGAGAAAUUACAUCGGAUGACAAACGCACGACCCCACGAACUCUACAUUAAGCUUGGCAAGGUUGAUGGAUCUAAGAGCUACGCUCAAUAUGAUGAUUUUCGAAUUGGCAACGAAGAAGAAUCGUAUGAGCUGAAGAGUGUUGGAAAAUACUCUGGUGAAGCCGGAGACUCUUUGAAAGGUCACGUUAAAAAAAAGUUUUCCACAUUUGAUCGGGAUAAUGACUUAUCUACUGGAAAUUGCGCCAUGCGUGGUGGUGGUGGUUGGUGGUACCUAGAUUGUCAUUUCAGUAAACUCACUGGAAAGUACUAUGAUAAUGGUCAUGGUAGCUCGAAUAAUGGAAUUAGUUGGGCUUCGUGGCAUGACUCCAACUAUACGGUUUCGCUUACCUUCGUUGAAAUGAUGAUCAGGCCUAAGUCCUUAUGAACAGCAUAAAACAUAGAAUAAAAAACAAGAAUAAUCAAAGAAAUAAUUCUUUUGCAGGUCAUAACUAUAGCUUAUAUUCGUCUUCAUAACCUUCUUCACUAGAUCAACUUUAUUUUAACAUUAAUAAUAAGGCAAUUUUAACAUUUUUAUUGUUUAAAGCAUUUAAAUUGCAAUUUGCAUUUCUCGAAAAAUGCUUUGUACUAACUUAGUCCUGUCCAGGAUAUUUAAAGUCGUCCGUCUAGUUUCAAAUGUUUUCCAAAUGUUUAGGCAAUAGUCACUGGGAAAUCUAUUCCAACAUUAUUUUGGAAUCCUUAUGAAAAGUGUACGUAAAAAUAUCUACAUAUAAAAGCUCUAUUCAAACAGUUUCUUUGCAAAAGCCAAUUAAAUCAAUACAUAGUUGUUAUCAAAAUAGGUUUUUGACUAUUUUAUGUACUCUAAGUAAAUAAAUAUUGUUACUUUAUUUUA